AUGGACAACAGAAAGAGGCAAGCAGCUUCCUCCAGCUCUGGGAGCUUUGCUUUCUGUUCCUCCUCAUUCCAGCGGCAACCAGCCAGGGUCCUGAUCGUGGACACGCUGCCACCUUGGUGGUCAGAAACCUGUAAGGUGCUCUGUGAUGCUCUGGAUAACUUCUUGUCCCUGGCCUGUAGUCUGGAUGGACCUUGUAGGAUACCGCUUCUCAGCCUGUACGCCAUCAGCAGGCAGCAGGAAUGUCUACUACCAUUUGUGCAGGUCCGUGGUAACUUGGCCAGGCUGCAUUCCUGUGUGGAGGAGCUGAGGUCUAUUCCAGGUGAAGGCUGCACCAGGGGAGCAGCCAGAGGAGGCAAGCUGCUACGACAGGCAGUGCUGGACAGUCUGCAGCAGUUUAAACAGUAUAUCAGACAUACCAGUACUGGAAACCAGGCCAACAACAACACAUCUGUGGAGGUUACCGUGGUGACCAGCCAGCCAGGGCAAGGCCUUGUCCGCCAGUUGGAGAUGGGGCUCAAAGAUGCUGACCUGGUGUCACUCAAACGGCUCCUGGUCGUACAGAUCUACAGGGCAGGAGACUGGGGCCAGGACACUCCCUCACCUGAAACCACAUACACUGAGGCUGAAGAGUGUCUGAUGCUGGGGACAGAGAUCGACCUGCAGCAGGUGGAAAACAGUGUGUUCGCCAUGGAAACGGUGUUAAAGUCAUGGCUUCAGGAGCAGGGAGGAGACAGAGAGCAUGUCCACCUCCUGCUGCCGAGCCCCAGGGACACUUCCAUUCCAGUGUGUGUGAAGUGUGACAUUCAGGAGCGUCUGAUAAGCCCAGCCCUCAUUCCUCUGACCUCCAACCUGGGAGUGAAGACUGAGAGCGUGCGGGACUUCCUGCCUGUCACUAAGGGCUCAGCCAACCAGCGCCCACCGCCACAGAGAAUGAAAGCAAUCAAGAUACUACGGGCAGAUGGAGUGUGUGAGAGUGUGUUAUAUGGCUUGCCACUGGUGAUCCGACCCACCACCUGCUGGCAGUUGGACUGGGAUGAAAUGGAAACCAAUCACAACUUGUUCCAUGCUCUCUGUCUCAUACUCAAGAGUCGUGACUUGUUCCUGCUGCUGCAGGUAGAGCCUGUCCAGAGGUCCACAGCUGGAUGCUCAGGUGUGUAUUCUCACUAUGUCCUCCAGCCGUCCCCGUCUCUCUCCCUCCUUCUGAAGCCUGUGGUCUCCAGAGAGUUGCUGCUGCCUUGCUCACUGCCUGUCUCAACUCAGGACCCUGCACCUGACGCCAUGCAGACUGUGCAGGACUGUCUCACUCAGCUGGACGAGGAGUUUGUGUUCAACCCUCUCUCUCUGAGCAGUAACCUGUACCAGCACCUCAGGAGCAGAGGCCUGCUCUCACAGCCACGAUACCCAUACAGGCUUCAGCCAGCAGCUGUCCUCAAAGACCAGUCUCAACCACCAGAGGGCCCUAAAACCACAGCCAGCAGACAGCCUCGGCAGCCACAAAACCAGAGUCGCCAACUGGGAACAAACAGCAAGGUCAGGGCCACUGUGGCUCCAAUGCCCUCUUCCUCCUCCCACUCCUCCUCCUCCUCCUCUUCCCUGGGACCUCCUCCUGCUAAGGCCUCCCGUCCGGUUCUGACGCUGCUCAGCAGCAGCGGUGGAAGCCGCCGGGCCCCGGCUCCCUCUCAACAGGAGGAUGGCGACGAUGACUCCAUACUAAUGCAGUAA